UAGACGAGGGGUCACCAGCGGCCAGCUCUCUGUUCCCUCCCUCCCUCCGGCUGCUCCGGUUAUCCACAGCCUGUCCUGUUGUUCGCAGGGCUCAGUCUUUGUGUUUGCUUUUCUCCUCGUGGCCGAUUUUGGUGAGAAAGAUUGCUUCUUGUUCUGAAGUUGCCCGUUGAGUUCAGGGGAGGCGGAGGCCACUUCGUAUUUAGCGUUGGCAGACAGAAAGCAGAGGAAACGCUGCGUGGACCUCGCUUGGAUUCUGCACGCAUCACAUAACAGAGAUGGGAGUUAUUGAAAGAGCCGUACGGAGGAAAUGUUAAGGCAGGGAGAAGAGGAUCGGUGCCUUCUGAGAAGUGAACUCGCUUCCAGCGUAAUGAGCAAUGUGUGAACUUGUUAACUAGGCCUAUUCUCUUUGACCUUAAUUUAAAUUGAGGAUUAGCCAUCUCAUCAGAGUUCUUGGUGGUAAGCCAAGGCUUGUUUUGCCUUGGGCGAAACUCAAAAGGAGGAUUGGGAAGGAAAGUAGCUGCUCAUUCCCUCAGAGGAAGCUUUUGCAUAUUUCCUUUGGCAGGGAACUUGAAGCGAUUAAAAGCGAAUUUAUUUGGAUUGACUUCAGGAAGAGAAAAAAAAACACCCCACCACCACAUUUACAUUUAUUUCCGUAAUGGAUUUGGAUCAGUUCUGUGCCUUAACCCAGGAGCAUCCUGUUUAUCUACCUGGAUUUAGCUCAUCAAAGGAUCCAAGAAUUUAUUGAUAAUCUCUGUGUUCCCGAGACAUGGAGCUCCGUAAGAGAGUGAAGCUGCAGCAGCUACAGCAUCAUUCUGGGCUUUCACAAGAAGCACCGUCUGAGGGGAGAUGUAACCAUAACGUGAUGUCAGGAAUGCAGGAGGGGGGUAGACGAGGGCUUUCUCCGCUUGGACGAUCCGGUUGUCAUUCCGGUUCAGGCGUUUCACCCUGGUGGCCUUGGCAACAGUGUGUUCCCAUGGCAGCAGGGCUGUUACUGGCUGUGCUGCUGGGGCUGACGCAGGCCUGGACUGUGAACGCCAUACACGAGAAUCUGCUGUGGUUCUCACAGCUCACGGAAGUGGAGAGGGAGAUCUCCUUUCGGACGGAGUGUGGACUGUACUACUCCUACUACAAGCAAAUGCUGCAGGCCCCGUCCAUACAAGAAGGGCUCCAAGAACUGAUCCAUGACAACUUGACAGAAUCCAAGAGGACCAUUAACCUCUUACAGCGGAUGAAUAUCUACCAAGAGGUCUUCCUCAGUGUUCUCUACAGAUUGUUGCCCAUACAGACAUAUCUGGAGCCAGUGUACUUUUAUAUUUACACAGUGUUCUCGCUCCAAGCUGUGUAUGUGAUCGCUUUGUACCUCACAGCGUGGCUUCUGUCUGGCUCCUGGCUGGCUGGUGCGCUCACUGCAUUCUGGUACAUCCUUAACAGGGUAGAUACUACUCGGGUGGAGUUCACCAUCUCCCUCAGAGAGAACUGGUCUUUGCCCUUCUUAGCGCUGCAGGUCACCGCUAUCACCUGUUACCUCAAACCUCAGCUCACCACAUUGCAGCAGAAGGUGAUGGUGUGGCUGAUGUACGUGACGACCUUCUGUUUCUGUCUCACCUGGCAGUUCAACCAGUUCAUUCUGCUCGUUCAGGCUCUCGUCAUUUACACCCUGGACUGCGGUGACUUCAUAACAACUGCACAGGUCACCACUCUGUACCUCGUCCAAGUGAGCAGCCUGCUGAGCGUGUGGCUUCUCCAGUUCUGUAACUCCAUGAUACUGGGAUCACUGGUGUUGAGCUUCAUAGUGGCCGCGCUCUUCAUCAGACACUGCCAGGCCGGUCUAAAAACAGGAAGCCUGCUGGUUCGUCUGGGCAAGCUUCUCCUCCACAGCACCAUGGUUCUCCUCCUCACCAUCACCAUCAACUACCUGGCCAAGAAAGCCCUUCAGCUCAGAUCAGAUGAGCACAUCUUUAAAUUCAUCAAAUCAAAGUUUGCCUUCGGCCCGACCAGGGAUUUUGAUGCCAGUUUGUAUCUGUGUGAGGAGGCCUUUGGCCUACUGCCCCUGGACACACUGGAGCGCCUGGCUGGGACUCUGCUGCUGUACCCCUACAUCCUCACUCUGCUGCUGCUCAGCGGCACGUUGGUGGCGGCAGCGCUGAAGAACCUGAGCAGGCCUAAAGGAGGUCCGGCCGAGGAGAGGAAAGGAGCUGGAGAGGGGCGAGCCGUGGCGUUUCGUCCAGAUGUGGCCUAUAAUCUGCUGCACACGCUGUUCUACGGCCUCCUGGCUUUCAGCACAAUGAGAAUGAAGUACAUAUGGACCGGCCACAUGUGUGCGGUCGCGGCCUACGGUGUGUGCGGGACUGAGCUGUGGACUCUGCUCUUCGGCGUUCUCCGCUGCAACUCUAAACGUCUGUUGAGGCUCGUCAGAUACGCCGUUCCUAUAGUGAUGAUCGGUUUCCUGUAUUACAAGUUCUGGCCUAAGCUGAUGGAGGAGUUAUCAGAGCUGAGGGAGUUUUAUGAUCCCGACACUGUGGAGCUCAUGACCUGGAUUAGCACAAAGACACCCAAACAGGCGGUGUUUGCUGGAAGCAUGCAGCUCCUGGCUGGUAUCAAGCUGUGCACAGGCAGAGUCCUCACCAACCACCCCCAUUAUGAAGAUAAAGACCUGCGGGAGCGGACCAGACAGGUGUAUCAGGUGUACGCUCGGCGCUCUCCAGAGGAAGUGUACGAUAUCCUGAAGGUUGCUGGGGCCGACUACGUGGUGCUGGAAAACAGCAUCUGCUACGAGCGGAGGCACAGGCGAGGCUGCAGACUGCGGGACCUGCUCGACCUGGCCAACGGACACAUCAUGGACGGAGCUGGAGAGAACGACCCGGACCUCGCCCCCGCCGCCCACCCUCGCUUUUGUGACGCCAUCAAGACGGACGCGGCAGCUUACGCCGCUCUCUUUACCAGAACAUUCCAGAACAAAACCUUCCAUGUGUACCGGCUCAAGAAGAAACGCAAGAAAAAUACCAAGGGCUCAUCAGAGCCCAGCGUGACUCAGUAGCAGCACCGAGGCCGCGAGACGACCCCAGCAGAGGCCAGAGGGGAGAGAGGAGGAGGAGGAAAGGAAGAAAGAAAAGCGCCGAAUCCUUGCUGUUCCUCUGCCUCCUCUCUGCACUGCGCCCAGCUGUGAUCAUGGCCAUUAUUUCUUCAACACGUGAACGUGGUGCUGGAACAGCGGGCCGCUCCGAGCUCUGGGCUGCACUGUUUUUGUUAGUGGAGUGUGGAAACAAAUGUAGGAAUCCUGCUUCGGGCUGUUCUUCAUCCACUCGUUCAGCCACCAUCCCAAAAAGUUUCGGUAACUCGAUGUUCCAGAGCCAAACGUAAAGAUCCAGAGAAACUGUGUUUACCUGCAGCUGACUUCAUCUUUGACAAUGAAAGUAGGGACAGAAAUUUGAGAUCUGUUGAGCUUUUAAUUUGUGGGGAUUUGAUACAAUACUUUAAACCUUUAACAGUUUAUGCUGGUUAAAUUUGCCACCGUAGUUCAGACUUAUUUCAGUUAUAAAGUGUAGACAUCCAUCGAUAUUAAAGGUAAAUAUCCAGUUUAAGUUUCUGGACGUGUAGGUUAGAACAUAAAUACCUCCUAAAAAUGAUAAAACUGAAGAGUUAUUUCUUUAGAAACGGCUACAUGAUUUCAGAUGGGCACCAAACCGUUUCUUUCAGCCAUGUUAGUGGAUCCACCAGGCGCCUCAUUCAUAACACCAUGAUUAAUAAUUGAACUCUUGAUUCCUUAAAGAUGCUGAACAUAAAACAUGUGCUUAAGCAGGAUCUCAUAAUCCCACUGAAACAUGUGCAACUGUUAGAUCUUACUUCUAGUACUUCUAGUACUAGUAAUGGUUUUACUAGUACCACUACUGUCAGUUUGUCCUGCUCCACUGUGUGUGUAGGUGCACAGGCACACAUACACACACAGCAUGUUUGUUCGGCUGUCUUUGAGUUCAUUUAGUAACACGAGUGGAUUCUCGAGCCCUUUUUACCCAUAAGCUUAACCAUCACAACCAUGUGCCAAACUCUGAGCCUGACCCCUGACCCUGAGCCUACUCUAAGCCUAAAACCCAGCUGUAACCCUCAGACAGGCCUUUGAGCUUCUUUUAAAAAAUGUCUUCACUUUGUUGGUAUUAAACUGUCGUCACAAAGAGAUGAUUUAUGUUUUAGUUGUGUUUCCUGUAACAGAUGACUUCAGUCACUCACUGAUACUGGAUGGAGACGUGGUUCUUGAGAAAGCUGCAGCCCACAGUCUGCUCGUUCUGCACAGCCAGGUUUUGGUCAGAAACACACACACACACACACACACAGUGUGUAUUCUUACAGCUGUCCUCGUUUCCAAAUGGUAAUUUUCUGAUUUCCUGCCUGCGACGUGUGUGUAAGAUGUUUCUAAUUGGGAGCUGCAGAAUAACCUGGAUUACUUUUAACGUGCACGCUAUUUAAACUGAUAGCAGCUGUCUUGUGAUUUUCUGCUAAAGGCAAAAGAACCUGAAAUAUCCCCACAAACACAGCAAGAAAAUAACUGGAGAUGAGAUCAUUACCAUGUCCAAUGAAGGAUUUAUUGAACCACUUAUAGAUGUUUUAGUAUUUAUUUUUUGUUGGGGACAAUCCACCAAAACAUCAACCCAAUCGAGAGGCCGUGCACCAGAUUUAGCUGCUGGCUAAUGUCUGUUUGCAGUCUGGAUCUUUGUGGUUAGCUCGUUCUUGAUUAGCAGUCAGUUAUGGGUCUCUCCUUGCAGUGCCAGCUGAUGAACUGUUGCAUCUGGCAAGCUCAGUUUCGCUCCCAUCCCCUUCUCUGUGUGCCAUGGCAUUUUCUUUUCCUCAGGAUUGUACAUAAGAAUAAAUGUUUUAUUGAAAAGAAGGUAAAAAAAAAAUUAACAGGUUUACUUCCUGCAUCGUUAGCGUGGCUCUUCCUGUUACAGGACCUUCAGCACAGCAUUCCUCUCCCUAUGAGAGCCGAUCAGAAAGUCUAUGCUGCCGCAGACAAAGUGUGCAUCCUUUUAUCAGGUCAUCUUACUGCUGUGAAUUCAACUCCCAAAUUUCUGGUAUUCCUUUCUGAGCACCUGUACAGCGAGUAGUCGCCCCCUACUGGAGGUUCGAGAGGAUGCAGGUUUUAGGUGCAUUUGCAGUAGCUGCACUUUCCAGACCCAGAAGCUACCUUCAUCUUUUAUAUACAGUCUGUGGUUGCAUACUGCAGCAGGAGGUUCAGCCUUACUCGGAGCAGGUCAGACCGCCAGCUAGCCUCAGAUGUAGCCACUUUAUUGGUCGCUGUGAUAAAUGCUGUCAGCCAUGAAAAGAAAGAGGAGGACAUUCAUGUCGGCUGCUGUAAAGCUGAGGGCAGAGCUGGUACCGAGCGGUGUUUGUGGCAGCGCUGUUGUUGUGAUUGCCGCCAUGUUUUUUUCUUUCUGUGAUUCUCAUCAGCAGCAGGCUCAACCUCUUCAUUCAACACACACACACACAGACAGACACACACGGCCACAAACACACAGUCUCACACACACACACACAUGAAUAAUGUAAGUGGUGAGGAAAUUGCAGCGGGCUGACAACGGUGCUGAUUCUGAGGCACAAUCCAAAAUAGAGAGGAGCCAACACUUGCAUAUCAAACUGAGGCUUUGUGGUUAGACAAGAAGGGGGGGCAGAGACGCUCAUGUUUAAACAGCAGCAGAGGAGAAAUGAGAGCGCAUGAAAACAUGGAUUCUCAGUGAUCUUCCUCAUUUUCUUCUUUCACACCAAAGGAGAGGAGCUGAUUGAAAGGCUGGAGCGGCAUUGGUAAUUAGCGGUUGGACAAUUAGCACCCUCCCUUCGUCCCGUCCCCUUCAUCUCGGCUCGGUUCGCCUGUACUCGUACACUUGUUAAUAAGGACCUCUGUCUUUGAUAAAGGCCCCCUCUCACAGAUGCGUGCGCACUCCUGCACACGGUUUCUGCAGAGCUUUUGAAAGCACGGUGUUCGUUAACGGCGGGGCCUCGGUGGGACGCAUACCAAUCGGCUCGGCGGCGCUUGUUCCUCCAUGUUGGAUGUUUAAUUUAGGAGAUGUCUGAUUGCUUUAUUUGAGAGCGAAGUGAUUCCAUUACGUUUGCCUAAUAAGGGUCCGCUAAUGUAAUAUUUUUUUCAGCAUUGUUAAUUUCCAUACAUAUUGGGUUUAGGAGCAGGCUGCCGCCACCUUUGGGUUUCUUAAUGAAGAGGCGACGGCGGCGGUCAUUAACCUGUGUGCACACGUACAAACUGCUCUGCUGUAAAGUGGGUGCUGUUGAAAUACACUGAAGAUGCUUAUCAAGCAGCUUUGUGCAGCUGAUGAAUGUUCAGCUCUAAGCUUAGUGUGGGAGGGCGGUUCUCGUGACUUGGCCCUGACCUGUGGUGUUCCCAUCAUGUUAGAACCAUGAGCGCAGAACCUUCUUCUGGAGUCUUUCCACAUGAUUUCUGAAAUUGGAGAACUUUGAUCCCGUUCUUUAAAAAAAAGCAAACAAGCUUAUUUUUCUGAGUGUUGUGAUUGGUCCCUGAUGCUGCGUUGGGUUUUCAUCCACUGGGCUGCAGACGAGAUCAAACUAUCAGCUGUUGCAGAGGAAACCCAAGCAGCACCUACAUCGCCUGGAUCGUGCAGAUACUGUGGAGGCUGAACACUUAGAUUCUGCUACUUUUUCUUCCGCGUAAGGUGCAGCGUGCUCAGACAAAAUGGUAAAAUGUAAAAAAAAGUCACAUUUAAAAUAAAUCAGUGAUGUGUUCUUUAUGAAGCCAAGAUUUGUUUUUUAGAUUUACCAGACACAUUAGGUGUUUUUGCACAAAGUAUCGCCGAUACCAGCUUGACUUUUACUCAGUAUCAGAUCGGAAAGGAAAUCUGGGGUAUCGAACAUCACUACUGAAAACCAUAAACUAACGAAGUGUCAAAUACGCGCCUCCGGUUUGAGAAAAAUAUAAGGCGGCCCGUUUUUCCAGUUUCCUGUUUGUGAAUUCAUGUUUUGAUUUCAAAUGAAUAAAAGAUUGAGUAUAAAAUGAAAAUUAAAAAACAACCUGUUUUUCAUCUUUUAAUAUCCAGUUUGAAAACAAUAAGCCCUCAGUUUAUUUUUUCAGUUAAAGUUCACGGAUCUUUAACCACCUGCUUACGUGGACUCUGAAACUGGACUGCUAGCUCUCAGUGUCCAGUAUUACUUUAACUGGUGCACCAGCUCACAAUUGGUAUUUAUAUUGUUUUAAAGCAUUUUAAAUUCUUACAGUAUUUUUUUUAAUCUUAGUAUACUGAUUUAUAACAGUGCAUUUUUUGACAGCUACGUCUCGUCUCCGCUUUAAGACGAGAACCUGCAAAAUAAGAUCGGCCCUUUAAGAUAAUCAGCUGUGAAGAAGGUUUAAAAAAGGGAAAUAAAAAUUCCCAAACAGUAAGAAACCAUUUUUGGAGUGCUCAUGGUAACAUCACACGACUGUUGUCUCUUCUUUUUGUAUCAUUUGGAGCCCUCGUGAACUCAGGGGGUCAUUUUCAGUCUGAGGGGUCAGUGUUUAGGCUGCACGUUGGGACUGAGCCGAGUCAGUCCUGACCUUAAUGCAGGUGACAAGACCUGAACACAGCAUCCCAGACAUACUGAUGACCUGUUUGGUAGUGAGGAUACUGCUGACCUUAAUAAAGUCCAAAGUUGACUGUACAGUUAGUGAUUAUUCAGUAUAAUUCUAUAAUUGUAAUUUAGAUGAGGCGCAGACAUCCUGGUGGUCUAAAGAGUCCUUUGUGCAGCUCUCGAGUGGAAGCUGAGAUAAAGAGGUGUAUCUGACACACGCUGUGACCCUGAGUGCUUCACCUUUAACCUGCAUCUAAACCGACCCUGAAAAAGUUCAUCUUUGUGUUUAUUUGAAAGCAGACUGCUGUCGUGUGUAUUUGGGUGCCUUUGGUCAUUUUCCCAUUUCUGCUUUUGUACAAAUCCACUGAACUCCUCCUGUGGUGUCACGUUCUACUUUGUCAUAAUCACACAAACCUGGAAAUGUUUCCUCUGCUGUUAAAACUUCUUCUGAUGCGCGACACGAUGUUGGUGAAAGGAUCCGUGAAGUUUCAGCAUCAAUAAAACCGUUUCCCCAACA